GCACUACAGACAAUGAAUUUUUAUUCAAUAAAGAAUGUUCACAUCAGAGACGUGUUUAUCUGAUAUACACGUCUCUGUUCAUAUCAAGUGAAUAUUUUACUAUGUACUGUGCAGACUGCUGAGCAUGAUGUGGUUGGAUCAUAUUUUAAGUCCCUGGCGCGUUUUAGUUAGCCCGUCAAGGAAAACAUGGACGCCUCGAAGCACGAUUUACCGUCGAAAGAGGGAGAUCUUGAUGAGGAGCAGCACUCACAGUCACCCAGAAAGAAGCCAAGACAAAAAUUAACGCAAAAUGACAGUGUGUUUCACGAUUUCCCAGUAACAAUGAUCAAAGGACUAGCUGACUGUUUAAACCAUUGGAUUCUUGAUAAAAGCAGUUUCAGUUUCAAAACUUUGACUGCGCUAAAAUUUUUGAAUUGCAAUGCCGCUGAUACUCGUCAAGGCAAUACAUUCUCGCAAGUAUUUUGUAGUGUCAAGCCUUACCGCCAGCUGCAUCCAUUAGGGGAUUUAUUCACGAAAGGUCUCCUAAUGUUGACGGAUUUCAUGACAAGCAGACAGGUGCCCCAGAAUAUUGAAGAGAAACGUGUUCUCGGCAAGCUGUUGAAUUUCCUGAUAAAAAAUACAGAAGCUAAACAAUCCUCAUUGAAGAAUCUAGAAAAGUACAAUGAGUCUGAACUUGCCAUAGUUUUGGCAAAUCAUCUAUUUGGGAAACUUUCCACAUCAGACACAUUUGUGAUCAACCAGCAGAGUAAACACAGAAGCAAAGAUGGAGGACAGGCGACAUGCCCCUGUGAUGUAACCACAUGUGAGCUGACUGGAACAUUCGGUGAUACCAGUGUUGGAAACUGCAAAGUUUGGCAUGGAAACCUGGGUAUUAUCAUCAACAAUGACACUAUGUUGGAGUCUGUAACCAUUGGAGAUCAGGUCAAUAACCCAAACGAUAAAGACGACACAUCUACUGAUGAUGAGGACAGCUCCGAUGACUGUUCGGAACAGGAUCCCCGAGUAAAAUUAAAGGAAUGUUUGUCUAGGAAUAAUAAAUUACUUGCUGAAUCUAUUGUGUUCUCUUUCCUCCAGAAACAGAAACACCCUAAAAAAGAGCACUUUCUCUGUCCUUGUAUUGGAGUAAAGGCCCGAGAAAUGAUCGUUUUCUGUUACGACUCACAGCAUGAUGUUCUACUUGAGAGCUCGGCCAUUCCAUUGCUGUCUGAAAACCUUACAACUUUAGGAAAGAUAAAUACUUUAGCCAUUGUUGUAGCAUGGCUAGUUGUGAACUAUAAGUACUUGUGUAAUGGAUUGACAGAUGAUAUGAAAAUUGCAAAAUCAAUGUUCUUUUCACAAGCAGAGUCAAAAUUGAAUAUUUAUAAUGAUAUGUUGAAACUUGGCGAGGUUGGAAAUGCCUAUUUCAUUGAGGACGAUGCUAUGAAAUUCCUGUCACCUAACUCAUCCUUAGCUCUGAGACAAUUAAAUGAAAGGGUAUUGAAAUUGCGUUAUAGUACAAAAGCUGAAUAUUGAUUUGGAAAAGAUAAUGAAGGAUGCUUUUACAUUGGAUGAACUGAAAGAUUUUUAAGUGCUAGCAUUCACUGCAAGUGGAGUUUGGAUAGUCAGAUUGUUAUAGAUACAUUUAUAUGAGAGAAUCUUUGGAUCAAAUGAGUGAAAGGCUAGAACCCAUAAUAGAAACAUGUAUGAGAGGUGCUAUGUUUUUGGAUUAAAUGAAGGAAAGUUCUAGUAUUAAAAUGACACCUUAGAAAUAUGACUGGUGCUAUUUUAUUUAUUAAAUGUUAAACAAAUACUUGACACAAGUUCUCAUGAUACAUCUAAGUAAUACCACAUUUGUUGAUUUUGUGUAUAAGAUUACAACCUUUAUGAGUGAAUUUGGAAAGUAAUUCUGUGUGUGAUCUGUGUUAUCGCCCUAGUAUCUGGCCAGUGUACUCUUGAGAUAUUCACUGCCUGCUAUUAAAGUCUGAUAAUUGAAAAAUAAAAUUCUAGAUUACAUUC